AUGCAUAUCUGGAUCCUAAAAAUAAUCCUUCUGAUUGCAUCAUCUCUGAGGUUGGUCGAGAUGUAUGACAAUUAUGGGGAGAUCUGUCGAAAUCUGUGCACAUGCGAGGAGAAGGAAGGGAUCCUGACAGUGAGCUGCGAGAACCGGGGGAUCAUCAGACUGACAGAGAUCAGCCCGGUCCAUUUCUCCGUAUACCACCUCCUGCUGACAGGGAACCUCCUGAAGAAGCUGUCAGUCAAUGAUUUCAUCAAUUACACCGGGGUGACCAUCCUGCACUUGGGGAACAAUGAUAUCUCGGAGAUAGAGUCGGGUGCCUUCAAUGGACUCCAGGGAUUAAAAAGGUUGCACCUGAAUAACAAUAAGAUUGAAGUUCUUAGGGAUGACACCUUUGCAGGAUUGGAGAGUUUGGAAUACCUACAGAUUGAUUAUAAUUACGUCACCAAUAUAGAACCCAAUGCCUUGAGCAAACUACACCAACUAACAGUGAUGAUUUUGAAUGACAACCUACUCUCUGCCCUGCCUCCGAAUAUCUUCCGGAAUGUUCCCCUUACGCACUUGGACCUGAGGGGGAACCGGUUAAAAAUGUUCCCCUACAUCGGCCUCCUGGAGCACAUGGACAAAGUUGUGGAAUUACAACUGGAGGAGAAUCCGUGGAAUUGCUCCUGCGAGCUCAUUGCUCUGAAGGCUUGGCUGGAGAGUAUAGCUUAUACGGCUCUGGUGGGAGAAGUGGUGUGCGAGACACCGUUCAGGCUACACGGUAGGGACCUGGAUGAGGUGUCCAAGCAGGAACUCUGCCCAAGAAGACCCCUAGAAGACACGGUCAGGCCUGCACCCCCUAGCAGCACCAAUGGAUAUUACCAGACCACACCUGCUGCUGUCACAGCCUCUGCCACCUCCUCAGCUGUUUUUAGGUUCUCUUCUAGACCUACCAAGGGCACACGGCAAUUUAAUAGAACUAGGUUAAAGCCCACUUCCCGAAUACCAGGUGGUAACUCUUACAACUAUGGCCCCAUUAUUGCUUUUCAGACCAAAUCUCCCGUGCCUUUGGACUGCCCCACUGCCUGCACAUGUAAUCUGCAGAUAUCUGAAAUUGGGCUAAAUGUCAACUGCCAAGAGAGAAAGAUUGAAAGCAUUUCUGAUCUAAAACCCAAGCCAUACAAUCCUAAAAAAAUGUAUCUCACUGGAAAUUACAUCCCUGUGGUGCGUAGAUCAGAUUUUGUCGAUGCCACUGGAUUGGAUUUGCUUCACCUGGGAAACAACAGGAUAACGCUGAUCCACGACCGGGCAUUUGGGGAUUUAACCAACCUGCGUAGGCUGUAUUUGAAUGGUAAUCUCAUGGACAGGCUAACGGGAGAAAUGUUUUUUGGUUUGCAGAACUUACAGUAUCUUUAUUUAGAGUACAACAAAAUCAAGGAGGUUGAUGCAGGCACUUUCCGCUACCUUCCUAAUCUCCAGCUGCUUUUCCUCAACAAUAACCUCCUGAAAACCUUACCUGUGGGCAUCUUUUCCAGCCUCUCGCUGUCUAGGCUUAAUCUGCGCAACAACUAUUUCCAAAACCUGCCUGUGAGUGGUGUUUUAGAUCAGCUGAAGCUGCUGGUGCAAAUAGAUCUGUUUGAAAACCCCUGGGACUGUUCCUGUGACAUAGUGGGGAUGAAGAUAUGGCUGGAGCAGCUCAGCGCAGGCACUGUGGUUAACGAAGUUGUGUGUGAGACACCCAGGCACCACACAGGAAUGGACCUGCGCUCCAUCCAGUCGGAGCAGCUCUGCCCAGACUACUCUGAUGCUUACGUCUCGCCAACUCCCCCUACGGACGAGCCUAUGGACGACCGGGUCGUCACCACAGCCGCUCCACAGAAGUCCAACACUCCCAGCAGCACUGUCCCCCUCUCUGUCCUCAUACUCAGCCUCCUGCUUGUUUUCAUCAUGUCCGUCUUUGUGGCUGCAGGGCUGUUUGUUGUAGUGAUGAAAAAGCGCAAAAAGUCACAGAGUGACCGCACUAGCACCAACAAUUCAGACGUCAGCUCUUUUAACUUGCAGUACAGCCUCUACAGCAACCGCUCUGGCCCUAAAGUUAAGGCCCCAGCCGGUCACGUCUACGAGUAUAUUCCCCAUCCCAUGGGCCAUAUGUGCAAAAACCCCAUUUACAGGUCACGGGAAGGAAACACAGUGGAGGAUUACCGUGACCUCCAUGAGCUCAAGGUCACAUACAGGAGUAACCCGGAUGAGGAGAGGGAUAGCAGUACGAUGAGGAGCCCUACGUACAGUGUUAGCACCAUCGAGCCACGUGAAAACCCCUCCCCUGUCCAGGAUGCAGACCAUUUCUUCAGAGGCAUCCUUGAGCCUGACAAGCAGUCCCCUCAUCAGUCCAUCCCAUCCAUCCCAGCAGGUGCCAAUUUAGAGUACAAGUACACAGGGCCUGUGUCGUACACAUACAACCCUAAUUUUGAUGUCAGACGUCAGUUCUUGCACCCGGAGAGGAUAAGAGAAACAGUGCUCUAUGGCACAGCACCCAGUACUGUUUAUGUUGAGCCCAGCAGAAAUGAGUAUUUGGAGCUAAAAGCUAAACUGCAGUCUGAGCCCGAUUACCUCGAAGUUCUUGAGAAACAGACCACCUUUAGCCAGUUCUGA